AUGGAUCUUCCAACAGGUCCGCUGUCACCAGAACGGCUUUCUGCGGGGGAACAAUCUGACACGUGCAUCAUGUUGGACGGGAUAAAAAUAGAAGAGCAUCCGCUGCGAUCGGGACAAGCGCUGGGUGUCAUGCUCGGGACGGACUGUCACCACCAGACCGUGUGUGAAGGCUGCCACCGUCCCAUCUCUGACCGCUUCUUGAUGAGGGUCAACGAGUCGUCGUGGCAUGAGGAGUGUUUGCAAUGCACAGUGUGUCAACAGCCUCUCAUCACCAGCUGCUACUUCAGAGAAAGGAAACUUUACUGCAAGCACGACUACCAACAGUUGUUUGCAACCAAGUGCAGCGGGUGCUUGGAGAAAAUUGCCCCGACAGAGUUUGUGAUGCGAGCUCUGGAGUGCGUCUACCACCUGAACUGCUUCUGCUGUUGCGUGUGCGACCGCCAGCUAAGGAAAGGUGACGAGUUUGUCCUGAAGGAGGGUCAGCUGCUGUGCAAAGUCGACUACGAGAGGGAGAAGGAUUUACUCAGCUCGGUCAGCCCAGAUGACUCAGACUCAGAAAAAAGUGACGAUGAGGAGUUGGACAUCAAGCCAGAAAAAGGAAGCAUAGGAGGCCAAGGUAAAGGGGAUGACAGCAAGGAUCCCAGGAGACCCAAAAGACCACGGACCAUUUUGACCACUCAGCAGAGACGAGCCUUUAAGGCCUCCUUUGAGGUCUCUUCAAAACCUUGCAGGAAGGUGAGGGAGACGUUGGCUGCAGAGACAGGCCUCAGUGUUCGGGUGGUCCAGGUGUGGUUCCAGAACCAGAGAGCAAAGAUGAAGAAGUUGGCCAGAAGACAGCAGCAACAACAAGAACAGCAGAAUUCCCAGAGACUUGGGCAAGAAGUAAUGUCAAAUCGAAUGGAAGGGAUGAUGAGUUCCUUCACUCCUCUGCCGCCACCACAACAGCAGCUGGUUGCCAUGGAUCAGAAUGGCUACAGCACAGACCCAUUCCAACAGGGACUCACUCCCCCACAGAUGCCCGGAGACCACAUGAACCCAUAUGGUAACGAUUCUGCAUUCCAUGACAUAGACAGUGACACAUCGUUAACCAGCCUAAGUGACUGCUUCAUGGCAUCAUCAGAGGUCAGCUCCAUGCAGGCUCGUGUGGGAAACCCGAUUGACCGCCUAUACUCCAUGCAAAACUCAUAUUUUGCAUCAUGA